AUGAUGCCGCUGCCGCUGCCCAAGACUUUCUCGCCCGACGACCUCGAGGCGACGGCCGAGCUAGCCGCCAUUCACGCCCGCGACCAGAUCCGGGCGCUGCCCGACAUCAGCCGGACGGUGGCCGAGCAGGAGGCCGAGAUGCAGGCGCUCGAGGCGCGCCUACAGAAACAAAAGGCCGUCCUCGGCCGGCUGCGCGAAGAAGGCGCCCGCUUUGCCCAGGGCGAACAGGGACAGCAGCCGAAGCUCCAGGACGGGACAGACAGUAUGGAGAUGUGA